GACAUUAUUCUUAUUGAAUGCUGAGGUAAGCCUAUGAACAGUCUAAACCCCCUACUAUUACAUACUAUGCUAGUAAGUCAUAAUAAUCAUUUUUAUUCCCUUGGUUUCUGAGUAGUACUUACAGCUUCACAGCAUCCUUCUAUUUUUCACCAUAAUAUGUGCAUCCUAUUUUUACCUGGCUCCAAGACUGCCCAUAAGCUUUUAUCACUUUCAUAUCACCUAUGGAUGGCUAACUUAAAUCUCCCCAAUCGGGAUACGUUUGAGGGCCUAGAGUGUGGCAUUACACAGCGGUUUCCUCCUCACAGUAUGACCGAUCCCUAUCUCCAUUUGUUUUAGAAUGUUUGUCGGGUGAUUGGCUCUUGAUUGGUUCGUUCCCAACCAGACUUUCUUGUUGCUGAUUCUUUCUGACCAACCAUCUGAUCUUCAUUAUGAAGCAAGCGAAGAGGACAGCUGUUGAUAAAAGUUUGUACAUUGUUAGGAAUCCUUUCGCGACACGUUGGACAAGUUUCUGAUCCGUUCAGAAGGACCAACUUCAUAUUUCUGUUGAAAAUGAGAAUGUUACUCCUAUUGCUCAGUGUAGAAGUUUUCCAAACUGUUUUCGGAUUGUUGAAGGCGUAUUUUGCCAUUCCGAUUCUGACUGGCAAGCUUCAACAUUUCCAUCUAUGCCGUGUGCCUAUUGUUGGAACCGUGAUUCCUAGUCGUAUAAAUGAAGGAAGUAACCUCUUGCAGCCUCUUUCUGCGGACAAUGGUGAUUGGCGUUAGUUGUUGCUGUUGCUGUUGGUCGGUAUGAUACCUUCAUUACCUCCAUCCUUCUAUGUCCACGUGGAGUCCUGUCUUCACUGCCUGCCUCUUCAGUUAAUUUGUUCGUUUUCAUUGAUAUAAGAAUAGAACUUGUGCGCUGUGGCAGAGUAUAAUUCCAUCAUGGGUAAAAUUUAUUUUGAUAAAGUCUCACAGUGUUAUAUUUUUUUAUUUUCAUUUUUUUAUUACAGCUUGAUUCCACAGUCUAUGUUUGGUACAAGUAUGGGAUUUUCAGCAUGUGAUAUUGGUAUCUUUAAUUUUGCAGGCCGACCAUUGAUAUCAGGUGUGCGUCGGCAGUGGUCGAACCCCGAACCAUGAGCAUCGUCGGUGAGAGUCCUAACCUCUGUGCCACCGACGCACAGUAAUGCUUACCGAUGACGUUUCAAGCAAAAUUUGUUGCAGCUCAUAAUUAUAUGAAGGUUCUUACACAACUUUCCAACUUCGUUUAUAUCAUUCCAUUAUUUUACAUCGCUUGAUUUAAUUGGUGGUAGUAUUUUCCAAAUGUCUUGUAUUUGCACUGAGUCAUUUCUAUUGCAUGUGAUGAACCAUGAUUCAGUAAUCAAUUUCUCUCGCUCUACACCCACCUCUAUUACUUUUGAGAAUUUCGACUCUGUCCCACCAACUCCACUGUGUGGUUGUGUGAUGAUGCAUGCAGUGCGAUUGCCGAGUUUUUCUCAAAAUUACUCAUCUUCGCGGGAGGUGUCAACCAUUCUAACCUUAGCAAAAUUCUUAUGUUCUGAUAAUCUCACUACUCCUGAUUUACUAGUUUGACCUAUUUAUUUGACUUAACUCACAGUCAUUCCAUAGUAUUUUGUAAAUUAAAUUUUUUUGUCUAAUUAGGUCUACCCACUGGAACUUUAGCCUACAGAGGUUGUCGCUGACUGAAUGAGGUAGUAGAUUUAAAUGUGACCCUAAUUCCUGAUAUUUUUCCUACAUAGGGCCUCAGAUAUCCCCUCCUUAUAUGGCAAAACUACUGCAGAUGGCUUAUAUUCUCUUAUAUUUAUGCUAUUACCAUUAGUCCCCCCCAUUAUUUUUAUUCUGCUUUUCGCCAUUUUUGGUCUGCCUCAUGAGUUUAACAGGUAGUUACUUAACACCAACGCUUCUUCUAUCUGUUUUAUUUCAUUAUUUAGGUCUUUUCUUGUACUACUUAGUGACACUGCUCUGUUUGUUAGACAACUAACUAAGCCUGCCUUAAGAGACAGUGAAUGAGAUGAGUUAAAGUCUAAAUACUUAUUAGAAUGAGUUGGUUUUUUUAUAAACACUAGUGUUCAGUCUACCUUCUCCUAUUCGUUUUAUUCUACAAUCUAACAUGGCUAUUUCUCCUUUUUCAUUUUCGGAUUCAAAUGUGAAUUUUAUUCCCUCCUAUAGUGAGUCUAUGUGUGUCGAAAAGCUAGAGAUAUGUUCUGUUUUAACCCUGUUGGUUUUCUGAUUGGACACUAGUGACUAGUGUGACGUUUCUAGUGUGCCUUCAACCAUCUAAUACCAUCAAAUCAAUGUGCAUGAUGAGGUCCAGCUACCUAGAAUGAUGGCCACAUUGCAAACUUGACUGAUAGAAUUCAGUCUGCACCAAAUAAAGGACUAGAAAAGUCACACAAGUUACUAGUGUCCAAUCAAAACACCCACUACAGUCCUACAAGAGGUCAAUCGCGAGCCUGAAUAGCUCAGUGGUAAAGUCGCUGACUGCAGAACUCACUGGGUGGCGUCGGUUCUAAUCUCAGAAGGGACAUAAGUUCUUUCAAGGUUGCAGAUACGCCUUGCUGAUGAGUGCCAAAUAGCACGAAACCUAGGUCCAAGGCUUCCUGGGGCCGAUUGCCUCCAACCAUCUAAUAUCACAGUUAGUUUUCGCCUGAUAUUUUUCAAAUCACCCAUACGCGAAAUCCAAAUCUUCUCCCUAUCGCUUUAACGUAUUCCUGUCUUCCCACUCACAGUGUGACACAUAAUUCAAUCCAAUAUAAUAGGAAAUUUAACUUGAGGUCUUAGUAAGAUCCAUUUUAUAGUUCAUACUGUGAAUAAUGACUAGCGCAAAAUGUUUAUUACUUCAUUAUUUAAUCAAUGUAAUUUUAAACUCAUUGCAGAUACAUUUUGGUUCAUGAAUAAUAAUCCUCACCC